AUGUCGAGUAAACGUUAUAUUUUUUUAAAUACGCUGAAGGAAGAUGCAAUUAAAGGACGAAAAUUUAAGAUUACUGAACAAAUAAGGUUAUCAAACCAAAUAUGCUCACCGUCAAGACAAGAUACUCCAGUAACCUUCUCUAAAGAUUUCACUGAAGAAGACUUGCAAAAAUUAACGGAAAUGAUCAAGGACAGUGAUGAAGAACCAAGUGCUAAAGAAAGAGAUCUUAAGGCCAUAGAAUGUUCCAUAAACCAUUCCUCAAUAACUACAAGUUGUGAAGCACCAGUAGUCUUGUCAGAAGACUGCUUUCAUGACCCCACAUUGGCACCUAUAAUGCCACAAUCGCCUAUGAUGAUCAGUUUCAGUUCAGGUAUUAGAAAUGAUAUUUCUAUAGAGUCACCAAAUUUCUCGUCAUUCAUAGCUCAAGAAAUUGCCCAGUUAGAAUGCACUCACUCACCAGCUCCCAUACCACUUGUUGCCAUGCCAGUUAGUUCCCCUGUACCAAUAGAAACCCAGUCGUCAGAAAACGCUCUUCACAACAGUGAACCACCACCGAGGAAAAGGCAUAUCACAAGAAAAAAAGAUAAAGGUCGAUUACGAUUGAUCCAUCGAGAUCAAUGGUUGGAUGUUCAGCGUAAGACAAAUAAAAAUUUAGGAAAAGCAUAUAAAGGUAGGGAUGGAAGACUAAGGAAAGGGAAAGAGAUGGGGCUAGCAUGUGGAGAAAUUUGUAAGUUAAAAUGUUCACAAAAAGUUACAGAUUUUGAACGUAACCUGCUUUUUAAGGCAUUUUGGUCGAUGGGAGAGAUAGUUCGACAUUGGGAUUUCAUCAAUAAGUACUGUGAUAAAAUUCCAAAACGUCGUGUUACUACUGAAACUGCUUCAAGAAGAGAAUUCACUUUACGAUAUUAUUUACCUACAAAAGUAGAUGAAAUUCAAAAUGCCAAUGAAAUAAAUGAGACUGAUUUGCUGGCUACAAAGCCACAGAAGAAACGGGUUAGUAAAGAAAUCAUAAUGGGGAUCAAAAAGAGGUAUCAACUGUCGAGUGAACUAAAGUUAUACACUGAAAAUAUUGAACUAAAGUCAGAAUAUACUAAUGAAAAGGCAAAAGUGGCGAAACUUAUCAAGACUUCGAAGAGCAGAUAUAACUAUUAUAAGCUGUAA